CAAUGUUUCUGAAGCUACACAUAGUGAAGGUUUAAAUAAAAAUGGAGCAGUUUGAAUCACUGCUGACGUGCUGCGUCUGCUUGGACCGGUACAGAAACCCAAAGCUGCUGCCAUGUCAGCAUAGUUUCUGUAUGGAACCAUGUAUGGACGGCCUGGUCGACUACGUCAGACGACAGGUUAAAUGUCCAGAAUGUCGUGCAGAGCAUCGUAUUCCCUAUCAAGGAGUACAAGGAUUCCCUACAAAUGUCACCUUGCAGAGGUUUUUGGAGCUGCAUGCUCAAAUCGCUGGGGAACUUCCAGACCCCACGGCUGGGCAAGUUAUGGAAAGAUGCAAUGUUUGCUCAGAAAAGGCAUACUGUGCACCUUGUGCUCAUUGUGACAAGAAAGUUUGUGAAGAUUGCAAAUCUGCCCAUAUGGAAGUACUUCGUAGGGAAAUUGCGCGAAUCAAUAAUCAAAUACGCCGUGGCGUAAAUAGACUUCAAGAUAUUUUAGCUGUAGUAGAACGAAACACAUCUAAUUUGCAAACAAAUUGUGCUGCAGUGGCAGGUGAAGUAGAUGAAAUUCACAAGAGACUUGCUAAAGCUCUAAAAGAUCGAACUGAUUUCUUGCGAAGUGAGGUUGAUCGUUAUUUAGCUACUGAACUUAGAAAUUUGACUCAUCUUAAAGAUAAUUUAGAGUUAGAAUUAAGUAAUAUACAAAGCAAUUGUGAUCUCGCUGAUAAAUAUAUGAACGACGAUGUUGAAUGGGAAGACACAGAAUUGGUUGACACCAAAGAAAUAUUCCUUAAAACUGUCGAAUUUCUAAGAAAUUUCGACUAUGAAGCUGGUGAUUACAAUCGUAGGAUACGAUUUAUCAUGACACAUGACCCAAACCAGCUUGUAAUGCAUGUCGCUAGUUAUGGAGAACUUAACAUCACACAUCCAAAUGCGUACUCAGCGGGAUUACAACAAUCUCAAGGCUUGACAAGGUCAAAGAGUGAUCACCGCUUAGCAUCUCAAUUCCGUCAACAAGAAGAGGCUAAAGGGUAUACAGAAAAUGAUGAGCCGAUUUUAGGUGGACGUAAAUUUGGUGAACGCCGCCCACCACCUCCAGAAAAACAUACUAGGGACUAUGGUGUCACUGAUGACUAUAGUGGUUAUGAAUCAGAGCACAGACCAUCACGAAGAUUCCGUUCGCGUUUCGUGAGAAGCCACCAAGCUGACAAUGAUUCUGAUACCGAAACAGCAACCCGAGCUGUAAAAGCCGAACAAAAAGAGAAAGAAAAAGAAAAGGUUGCCGAUACUGAAGAUGCAACUCGAGGUCCACUCAGUGGAAUAUUUAGAUUGAGUGACUGCCCACGAGUUAUGCAAAGGAUAUUAGAUGUAGAUAGUGGAAAAAAGAAAGAAAAGAAGGAGCCCCCUCCACCACCUAAGCCAGUUCAACCAACACCACAACCACGAAGCCGUCCGCCACCACCAGCAAGACAGCAAAGUGAAGACGAUGAAAUAACUCGUCUUAAAAGACAAAACAAAGGUGCAGCUUCAUCACAAGAACCUGAUCGAGCUCCUCAAAGGCCAGCUGAAGAAGAAAGAAGCUCAAUUAAUCGUAAGCCGCCAACACCAGCUCGCGAGGCAUCCAGUGAUGGUGAGUCCGAUGAAUCAGUUGGAUCUCUGCAAAGAAAUCAGCGCAAGAAUACCGCUCCAACCCCAAAACCAACUGUCACAAGAAGGCCAUCAGCAUCUGACACAUCCUCUGUGCACCGUCAAGCAGCCCGCGCUCCUAGUACGGAAUCUAGCGCAUCAACAGAAAGUUCCGGCUCGGCGGUUAAACAUACAGGUGCGAUUCUAACCAUCGCAGAAUUGAAAGCAAAAUAUAGUAAUGAUGGGCUGCCACCAAAACCGACCACACGUUUUUUGUCCGCAGGCAAUGAAAGAUCAACACCGGUGACAGCAAAUGGAACAUCCGGCGGGGCACAACGGGUACAAAGUCGUUUCGUUGGAUCACAACGACCGACACCCACACCGGCGCCCGCCGAGCCGGCACAAGACGACUCUGAUACAAGCUCCGAAGAGGAAACUGACUCAUCAGAGGAGAGUGAAGAGGAGCCUGUUCAACAAAGGAAGCCCGAGAGUCAGGCGAUGGCUCGUAGCGAUAUAGGACCGCUUCUAGCGAGAAGUACUAAUGCUCGAAAUGACGCAAAUGACAAUAAAAACAAAGACACGUCAACUCAGUCACGUUACCGUACUCGACAAUCCUCCCAAACCGAAGAAGAACCUGCUCCUCGAUAUGGCGCUAGUGGUUCAUCCUACAGCCGUUAUGGCAGUAAACCAAAAGAUGACGAAAUGACAUCCUCUUUGGAUGACGAUUCCAAAUAUCCUACUGCUCGUUCGAGAUAUCUUGCUUUAAAAGAACGUCGCAAUCGCCUUGCAAGAAGCAAAAGCAGUCACACCGGUUUCGGUGGGGGUGACGACGAUGACCAAGAUGAUCCCGUUUCCCCUACUACUGCAUCCCCAUCAGCUUACCUUGCGGCUCGAUACGGCUCCGGCACUGGCGGUUCGGAGCUGUCUCGAAGCCGAUCGUCACAUGCGCUCAAAUCGAGGGAGAGCUCUCCUGAACGUCCGGUAACCGGCGAAAAGGACGGAGCAGCUUUAAGUUCCUGGGCGAGAUACUUAAAAAACAAGUACGGCUCGCGAGGAAAAGAUCGUGAUUCGGGCGGUACAUCUUCUAGCACAUCCCGUCGCUUGUCUCUCGGGUUGCCCUUACGCUCAGCUAAUGAGCUUGCCAGUUCUGAUGACGAUUCAAAAAACGCGGCAGGCUCCCCCAUCUCCCCUACGGCGGCUACAGCAGCGGUAGCAGGUUUCGCAGCAGCAGGUUCCUCCCCUAGGAGCCAGUAUCUGCAGAAACGCCGAUUACAAUUCAGUGUGGGGAGCCGGGGGAGCGAACCCGGUUGUUUUACUUGGCCUCGUGGCAUCGCUGUUGGCCCAGACAAUAUUAUGGUCGUGGCUGAUUCUUCUAAUCACAGAGUGCAGGUAUUCGAUUCCAAUGGAAUAUUUGUUAAGGAGUUUGGUCAAUAUGGCAGCGGAGAAGGCGAAUUCGACUGCCUAGCUGGCGUUGCUGUUAACCGUAUCGGACAGUACAUCAUCGCCGAUCGAUAUAACCAUCGCAUACAGGUGUUCGACCCCGCCGGUCGCUUCCUGAGAUCCUUCGGCAGCCAGGGUACUGGUGAUGGAAAGUUCAACUACCCAUGGGGCAUCACAACAGACGCCCUCGGAUUUAUAUACGUGUGUGACAAGGAAAACCAUAGAGUACAGGUGUUCCAAUCCGACGGUACAUUUGUGGGUAAAUUCGGUAGUUUCGGAUCCAAACUUGGACAGCUGGAGCAUCCACAUUACAUAGCUGUAUCCAGCACCAAUCGUGUACUAGUCUCUGACUCCAACAACCACAGGAUUCAAGUCUUCGAUGUUAAUGGAAGAGUUAUUUCUUCGUUCGGUGAAGAAGGUUCUGAGGAUGGGCAGUUCAAGUUCCCAAGGGGUGUUGCUGUCGAUGACCAAGGCUACAUCGUAGUCGCUGAUUCUGGUAACAACAGAAUCCAGAUCUUCCAUCCUGAUGGUACUUUCCUCAGGGCUUUCGGUUCCUGGGGUUCUGGAGACGGGGAGUUCAAGGGUCUUGAAGGUAUCGCUGUUAUGUCCGGUGGCAACAUCAUCGUAUGUGAUCGGGAAAAUCAUAGGGUACAAGUUUUCUAAAGAUUUACCGAGGACGAUAGCAACAAUUAAAAAAUUAAACAUAAUAGUAUAAAUAUAAAAUGUACAUAAUUAUGGUACGACCGGUCAUUCAAUUUUAAAAAUGAGACAAACACGUCUAAAGUCCCACCAAAAAUAAUAAGAUCCUUUUUAUGUCGUUCUAUUUUGUUUAUAUUUCAUCUUUUUUCAUUCAUAUUUCCUGUCCGCUUCACUAUUCUGUAAUUUGUAAAAGGGUAUGUAAGUUUUAAAAGAAGCAUUCGUAGCGUUUUCUUUUUACUUCUUAAUAUGAAUUAAUAAUGGGUUAAAAAAAUAUUUGAUAGGAACAUAAAAGUGAAGCUACGUCUCUAGUAGAGAACGUUUAAAAAACUUUUAUAUUUUCCCUCAAGAACUAUUCAUACUGAUCACUAAUUAUGAAUUAGGUUUUAUAACUUUACAUAAGAGAAGAGAAAAAACGCCAACGGCACCCUUUCUGUACUUAAUGUACAUUCACUUACGUAGCUGUUUCUUAUCUUAUAACUUUUUAAGAUAUCCUAUGUGUAAUCUAAAGAUGCGUGGAUACUUGUGACAGCCUCUAAACUGUGCAAUUGCAAAUUUAACCAAAAAAAAACUGUCUGGUAAGAGAGACACAAAUAUCUUGAAACGGAACUAAGAAAAAUUCAAGUAAACAAAAAAGUAGACUAAAAAUUGAAUUUUUGAAUAUACACUGAUGAGUUCAGUUUGGGAAUAAAUCAAUUUCAUAAUUUCUAAUGUGUCUAAAAUAAUCUCAAAUAUAAAAUAAUAAAUUCAUAUCUUUAUAAUAAAUCAUCUACUUUAUCUGAACUUAUGCCGAUCUCAAGUCAUCAUACUGUUUUUAAUCCUUACGAAAUUUUACGAUUCAAUUUUUGAAAUUUUUGAACGAUAUGAAAAUACGAAAUUAUUCACUCAAUUUCUAAAUUUCGAAUUUCAAUGUAUUGAAGUAAUUUUUAGGUGUAAUCAUUUUCUUUUUUAUCACAGUUCGAUUACAAAAAAGUAUAAAACUAAAUCUAGAGCAUUUAUAAGGAAAAAAACCUUAAAAAAAUUGUCACGAAAAUGGGGUUUUGUAAUAAGUAAGAAUCGAUUUUCAAAUCAUACAAAUAAAAAUGAACUGUAAUCGUAAUUAUAGCGUAAUAUUCUUUCUAGUCAGAUUAAAUCAUAUAUUAUUUUAUGCCAAAAUCUAUUGCCAAAAAUUAUAUUUAUUUAUUUAAAAGUGGAACUUUACCAGUUUUUUUUUUAAAUAUAAAAAUAAGCAAUUAAUAUAAUUACGUCAGCUUUUUGUUUAAUGUUAAAGAUUGUUUUAACGAUUGUAAGUCAAUUUUUGUAAAAAUAAAUAAAACUAAAUAUAUUAUCGUUAUUCAGUACAUUUUGUAUGGUUUUCAAGUUUAAAUAAAUGAUUUGUUAAUAAUGAA